AUGAACCCUCUCGACAUGCGGCCUUCGACUGGACCGGCGUCGUCAUCGCGGCCAGAGCGACAAUUUCAAUUUCCCACGAGGUCUUCAAGCCGCCUGGCCAAUCACGAUCAACCAGUGCGUUUACCUCCGCCCAGGCUCGAACUCAAACCGUCGACUGUUCAAUCUGGGCUAUUUGAUGUUGCCAUGCCAAUGUCUAGUUAA